ACUGAAGUGACUGAAUUCUAUCUUCUCGGGUUUGGUGUCCAAUACAAUUCUAGGUAUGUCCUCUUUGUUGUAUUUCUACUGAUCUAUGCAACCUCCAUGGUGGGAAAUAUUGGAAUGAUCCUACUCAUCAAGACAGAAUCCAGACUUCAAACACCCAUGUACUUUUUCCUACAACAUUUGGCUUUUGUUGAUAUCUGUUACACCUCGGCUAUCACUCCCAAGAUGUUGCAAAACUUUAUAGUAGAAAAUAAAACGAUAUCAUUUGGGGGCUGUGUGAUGCAAUUAUUGGUUUAUGCAACAUUUGCUACCAGUGAGUGUUACCUCCUGGCAGCUAUGGCUGUGGACCGUUAUGUAGCCAUCUGCAAGCCACUUCGCUAUUCCAUAAUUAUGUCCCGAACAGUUUGCAUUCAAUUCGCAGGUGGUUCAUAUGUCAUGGGAUCAAUAAAUGCCUCUGUACACACAGGUUUUACAUUUUCACUGUCCUUCUGCAAGUCAAACAACAUCAAUCAUUUUUUCUGUGAUGUUCCCCCAAUUCUUGCCCUUUCAUGCUCCAACAUUGACAUCAACAUCAUGCUACUAACAGUCUUUGUGGGGUUUAACUUGACGUUCACUGUGAUGGUCGUCAUCUUUUCCUACACAUGUAUCCUGGCUGCCAUCCUGAAGAUAUCUUCUGCUGCAGGGAGAAAAAAAGCCUUCUCCACAUGUGCCUCCCAUCUGGCAGCAGUUACGAUUUUCUAUGGGACCCUUUCUUACAUGUAUCUACACCAUCAUACUAAUAAGUCUCCAGAACAAGAAAAAGUAGCUUCUGUGUUUUACGGCAUUAUUAUCCCCAUGCUAAAUCCUUUGAUCUACAGCUUGAGAAACCAAGACGUGAGAGAAUCCCUAAAAGGGAUGCGAAAGAAGUGCUUCUAG